AUGCCAAACAACAAAACACUCUGCUGCACCUGCAACAAGCCUAAGAUUACAUAUUCGUGCAAAGGCUGCCUACAAGAAUUCUGUUCAACUCAUCUAUCAGCACAUCGAGAAACAUUGAAUGAAGAAUUAAAUCUGAUCAUCGAUGACUAUAAUCAAUUCAAACAAAUGCUCUCCGAACAAGUUCGGAAGUAUUCAAUUCUAAAGCUGAUUGAUCAGUGUGAAAUGAAUUCUACUGCAACAGCUCCCAAAAUAGCUGGAAACUACGCGAGUUUUCUGGAAGAUCAACAGAUAUUUCUAAAUUAUUUCCAAGAGAAGUCAAAUUGCUUAAUCAAGCAAAUUGAAGAAAUUCGUGAAGAAGACGAAUUCAAUGAAAUGAACUUAAACUAUUUGAAAGAUGAAUUAAGGAAAAUGACAGAAGAAUGUAACAAUUCAGUCAACCGUCCGCUCGAACAAUAUUCAUGCUCGUAUCUCACGAGGAAAUCAGCAAAGUCUUCCACAGAGACAAAGUUCAGUAAAUGGAAGCAAAAUGGUGAGAUCAUAGCCGGAGGUGAGAAACCAGGACGGGGAUUAACUCAACUCAAUUUUCCUUGCAGUAUCUGCAUAGACAAAGACAGCACUGCUUACAUUGCUGAUUCUUGGAAUCAUCGUAUUGUUCAGUGGAAGCUCAACGAAAAAGAAGGAAAAGUUGUCACAAAUGGGUAUGAAAAGGAAAAUUUUAUGUGUAAAUUGUCUACUCCCACAGAUGUGAUUGUUGAUGGACGCGAUGGAUCGUUGAUCAUCGCUGAUUGCGACAAUAGACGCAUCGUUCGGUGGUUCCAUAAGACAAUCGAAAUUCUCAUGACCCAAGUUGAUUGUCAUUGUUUAGCACAGGAUAGAUCUGGACUCUUAUACGCUUGUAAUCGAGCCAAGAAUGAAGUCAUGCGGUGGGAAAUUGGCAAUGAAGAUUCACGAACCAUUGUAUCUGGUGGCAAUGGACAAGGAAGUGCACUGAAUCAGCUUAGUCAACCAGCGCGUAUCUUUGUAGAUGAUGAGCAGUCGAUUUACGUAUCAGAUGUAGGAAAUCAUCGCGUUAUGAAAUGGAGGAAAGGUGCUUCACAAGGUACCAUUGUAGCUGGAGGAAAUCAUAAAGGAAAGAAUCUGAAUCAACUAAAUCAUCCUGCGGGGUUGACUGUUGAUUCACUGGGUCGGAUCUAUGUGGCAGAUUUUGGAAACAAUCGAAUUGUUCGUUGGUGUGAAGGAUCAAAAGAAGGCGAAAUCGUUAUUAGUGAGAAUUCUAAAGAAUUGUGCUGCCCUAGGAGCUUAGCGUUUGAUUCCGAUGGAAAUCUAUUUGUUGUAAACUGGGGAAAUAGUCGAGUGCUAAAGUUCUUGCCGAUCGGUGGCGAAUAA